AAGGAUAGCAGUGAUGUCUGUGUGGAGGACAGAGGUAGGAUCCUGGUGUCUCUGUGCUACAACACCCAGAAGAGAGCUCUGAUUGUGGGCAUCGUGCGCUGCGCUCACCUGGCAGCCAUGGACUCCAACGGGUACUCCGACCCCUUCGUGAAAAUAUAUCUCAAGCCUGACAUGGGUAAGAAAUCCAAGUAUAAAACAUCAGUGAAGAAGAAGACUCUGAAUCCUGAGUUUAACGAGGAGUUCCUGUAUGAGAUUGCUCACGAGGAUCUUGCUAAGAAGACUCUGGACAUCUCCGUGUGGGACUAUGACCUGGGCAUGAGCAACGACUUCAUUGGCGGGGUGCAGCUGGGGAUCAGCUCCAAGGAGCGCCUGAGACACUGGUUCGAGUGUCUGAAGAACAAGGACAAGCGUGUGGAGUCCUGGCACACACUGAUCAACCAGAACCCUGAGCUGAGCGACUGAUCAAUACACUCGAUCAAUCAAUACCCGAACCAAGACAUCGAACUAAUACAUCAUAACAAACAAGGGACUCCUGUCAGUGACCUGAGAAUACAGCACUGUGAUCAAUACACUGAUCAGGGACUGAAGCAACACUUAAUAACAGCGAUCAAUCACUGAACCAAUACUGCGAUCAGUAAUCAAUACUGGAAGGAAUAACCAAGACUGCGAUCAAUCACUGAAUCAAUAAGUGGAACCUCUAUGAAGCUGAAGCACAGAGGAAUCAGAAAAAAAAACUGGACAUUAAAAAAUGACUUUCCCUUUAAGACAGGGAGCCGAGAGAGGUGAGGAGAGAAAGGACUUCCCCUUUAAGACACGGCGCUGAGAGAGAGGCGGGAGCGAGGCAGAUUUCACAGCAACGCUGAGGCAAAACCAGCCUUCCCUUUAACACAGCGCUUCCACGGCAACGCAGAGGCAAACCAGCCUUCCCUUUAACACAGCGCUUCCACAGCAACGCAGAGGCAAAACCAGCCUUCCCUUUAACACAGCGCUUCCACAGCAACGCAGAGGCAAAACCAGCCUUCCCUUUAACACAGCGCUUCCACGGCAACGCAGAGGCAAAACCAGCCUUCCCUUUAACACAGCGCUUCCACAGCAACGCAGCAGCAAAACCAGCCUUCCCUUUAACACACCGCUUCCAC